AUACCAGGCUGGUCAAAUUUUCGUGUUUUCAGGUGUAUGUUGAAUUAAUUGUGAUCCAAGUGAAAUUCAGUGCGGUUCCUGUACAAAAUUGUUACCUAAACUAAAAGGAGCAUAAGAAAGAUUCCAUAUAUAAUCCGUGCAUAAUAAGCCAAGGAGGUGGAACCAUUUCUGGAUAAAAUGAAUGAGGCAGCUUUGGCAAGUAUGAUCUACAACGAUCCCAUAGGCAUCUACGAGCAGCCCAGGCCACGUUUUAUUUUCAAAAUGCCGCGUGUGGUGCCCGAUCAAAAGGCUAAAUUUGAAAGCGACGAACUAUUUCGUCGUCUCAGCCGCGAAAGCGAGAUACGCUAUACUGGCUAUCGCGAGCGUGCUUUGGAGGAACGACAAAUGCGUUUCCACAACGGUUGUCGCGAGGGUCAUACCGAGAUCUCGUUCGUUGCAUCGGGCACCAAUCUGCAGCUAGUUUUCAAUGCAACACAGAAUCCGUACUUGCACGAUAAAGAGUGCGACUUUGACAAGGAGCACGGUAAAGUGUACAUAAAGUCGUACUUCAUAAUGAAUGGUGUGUGCGUACGUUUUCGAGGUUGGCUAGACUUGGAGCGUUUAGAUGGUUCGGGCUGCCUAGAGUUCGAUGAACGACGUGCUAUGCACGAAGAUCAAAUAUUGCGGGAGCAGAUCGAAAGAUACAAUUUAAGGCUGCGAGAAUUUGAAGACUCAAAACGUGCAUAUCGUGAUAGUCGACCAGAAGUUGAUAUGGAAGCUGUACGUCGUGGUGUGCCCUCAGGUGGCAUUGGUGUAGGUGCUAGUAUGUGGCGGCGUUGAAUGAGGCCUAAUGGGUUUGGAGAGAGGAGCGAAAAGAUCCAUUCACUAUAAAAACUUGUAAGAGUGUUGUGGUUAGGAAUAAAUAUAAACCAAACUAAAUACUCGAAUAUUCAUCUAAUGCUUCAAUCAACAAUUUAAUCAAUUAUCAAUAAUUAUUAUGUACUAAUUAAAUUUUAUUGAUUAAAAUAUAAGCAUAAGUUGUGGCAGUUGAUAUUCAAACUUUUACUAUUAUUAAGUUAAACCUUCUUUUGUAUUAUUUCGUACACUUUUGCUUUACCUAUAUUUUUUAAUUAAAGUUUCUUGUACGAGUAAAA